AUGCAUCGUAACUUACAAUUUGAUUACGAAAACUAUAUUGGCAGUAUAUUUUUGCCCCAUCGCCUUCGAAAUUUAGCUCUUGUUGUACGCUUAUUCGAUUUCCAAUUAUCCCAGUCUUCUGAGCUUGCUUGCUCGCGCUACAGAUUUUGGAGGGAAGCUAUUGACCGGGUUUACGAUGACUCAAUUAUCUGCAACACUCCUAUUGAAAAAGCUUUGAAGAAGGAAAAUCACUUUGCCUUAAAGCCUUUUGAUACUCUUGCGGAUCUAGAACUUUAUAGUGACCAGACCUGCUCUUCUAUCCUAUUUAUUCUUGCGCAAGCCUUGGGGCAUGCCUCUACUGAUUUGGAUCAUGCGCUCAGCCACCUAGGCAAGUCUCAGGGAAUUUUACGCCUGGUUAGAGGAAUAGUCCCUUUAGCUAGGCUUCAUCGUGCCCUUAUACUUCCCACAGAUCUUCUUUGCCAGGUAAUUCUAAAAUAUCAGACGUAA